UUCGCUACCUCCCCGUUGACAAUAAAUAAUGACGGGCAGCUCCAGAACACGUGAUACUACUUUUGACCUUUUCACUAGGAAGUGUCUUGUUCUGCUUGAGUUUAUGUAAGCGUACAGGAACAGCUGUAAUCACACAAACAGAACCACAAAGUGUUUCAUGUCAAUCGCCCCAGAAGCAACGGAGGAAACAGAAGUAGAAGGGAGCUUCAGUUCGGAAAGGGAAUUUUUUAUUCAGCUGUCACAGGCAAAAACCUUAGAAUCUUAUCCACUGUUAUUGGAUGCUGACCUUUGGGGUGCCCAAAAAAAGGACACAUUGGCACAGAGAGGGCGUGGAAGUAUGCGCUUUAAUGACCAUUGUAUGUAUUGAAUAAAGUACUGCAGAAGCAGUCAAAAAUAUGAAACAUGAAGUUGAUGUUUGUUCUGUGCUUACAGUUUGUUUUGGAAACAUGCUGUACAGGAAAAGAAGGGCAACCCAAUUUUGUACUAAUAAUGGUUGAUGAUUUAGGCAUUGGAGACUUGGGUUGUUAUGGAAACACUACCUUAAGAACCCCCAAUAUUGACAGGCUAGCCCAGGAGGGAGUGAAGCUGACCCAGCACAUUGCUGCAGCUCCGUUGUGCACCCCCAGCAGAGCUGCCUUCAUGACAGGCAGAUACCCCAUCCGAUCAGGAAUGGCAGGUUAUGGCAGAUCAGGAGUUUAUAUAGUUGCUGCUGCUUCAGGAGGACUUCCAACUGAGGAGAUAACAUUUGCUAAACUUGCAAAACAAAACGGCUAUUCCACAGCACUCAUAGGAAAAUGGCACCUGGGUUUGAACUGUGAAAGCAACAAUGACUAUUGUCACCAUCCACUCAAUCAUGGUUUUAAUUAUUUUUACGGAAUUACAAUGACCAAUUUGAGAGACUGCCAGCCUGACCAUGGCACUGUAUUCUCAAAGGUGUAUGGUCACAUACCCUUUCCAAGUAUUGCAGUUGCUUUAAUCACAGUGCUGGUCUUUCAUUCUUGUGGGAUUAUCAUUGUACCCAGGAAGAUUGUGUUGUAUGCUGCUCUGCUUAUUGCACUUGGUCUGGUUCUCUUUGCAAUCUUUGUUGUGACAUUUCCAUAUCUUAACUGUUUCCUCAUGAAAAACCAUCAGAUAGUUCAGCAGCCGUUCUCAUCUGAGAAUCUAACUCCGAGGAUGACGCAUGAAGCUAUAGAGUUUUUACAAAGAAAUAGAGAACAGCCUUUCUUACUUGUCUUUACCUUUUUGCAAGUCCACACAGCACUGUUUGCUUCACAGAGAUUUAAGGGGAAAAGCAAACAUGGUUUGUAUGGCGAUGCAGUCGAAGAGGUGGACUGGAGUGUUGGUCAAAUAAUGAGUACUUUGGAUCAUCUAAAUCUAAAUGAGAGGACACUUGUCUACUUCACAUCAGACCAGGGUGCUCACCUUGAGGAAAUAUCCUCCAUCAACGGUGACAUUCAUGGAGGAUGGAAUGGCAUUUAUAAAGGGGGGAAAGCAACAAACUGGGAAGGAGGAAUUCGUGUUCCUGGGAUCGUAAGAUGGACUGGGGUGCUACCUGCUGGCACACACAAUGACCAACCAACCAGCAAUAUGGAUAUUUUCCCAACUGUUGUGAACCUAGCAGGAUUACCUGUGCCCAGCGAUAGAAUUAUAGAUGGGCAUAACUUGAUGCCCCUGCUGCAAGGAAACGUUCGGCAAUCUGAACAUGAAUUCCUCUUCCAUUACUGUAAUGCAUAUUUAAAUGCUGUACGGUGGCUCCCCAGACAAAGUGACAGCAUUUGGAAAGUAUUUUUUUUCACUCCCAAUUUCUAUCCAGAAAAUUCAAACAGCUGCCUCCAUACACAUGUGUGCCUUUGUACGAAGGGCUAUAUCACUCACCAUGAUCCGCCUCUGCUUUUUGACCUCUCCAAGGACCCGUCUGAGGAGAUCCCUUUAACACCAGAGACAGAGCCAAAUUUCCAUCUAAUUAUGGCUGUAGUUCGGCAAGCUGUUGCGAAUCACACCAAAACCCUGAGUGAUGUUCCAAACCAGCUGUCGUUGAGUAAUGCUUUCUGGAAACCUUGGCUACAACCUUGUUGCUCUUCCCUGUCAGAGUUAUGUGUUUGUGAUAAAGACAACUCAGAUGCGAAUUUGUAAAGAAACAGUGACUGUUAUUAUUAUUUGUUUAUUUAGCAGACUGUUUCUGACAUUAAAGGGAAUAUUUAUGAGUCUGAUAUUUUAACAAAAAAAGUUUUCCCUUACUGCGAUGCAUUGCAUUGCUUUGUGGAUGCAGUCUUAACAUUAAAACAGUAAUACAUCACCCUGCUCUUGCAAAGUAAACACAUUGUUUUUUUUUUUUUUUGCUUAGCUUUUUGUUUUUGAGUAAUCAACCCAAUCUGGUCACAUCCGGCUAGUUUCACAGACUACUCUGUGGUAAUUUAGGUAGUCCAAGCUAAACAGGGUCUAUGAAACUGUCCGUUAAAGAGACUAACAGCAAGCUCAGUUCCUCAGGCCAGACUAGACAAAUGCCAAUUUAGUCAUUAACAAGUUGGCUAGAAUUUUCAGUCCAGACUGAUUUCACCAUAAUCCUGUGGGCUGCUUUAUCCUAUAAUCUAAAAGUGUUACAGCAUUUAUUGUAUCCCAUUGCCCUUGAGAGUUCCAUUUGUUAGGACAUUUGGGAUUUUUUUUUUUGGUUUUAAUGCCACAAAGUAAAUCACAAAUUAAUUGUUUCUGAUGGAACUUGCAGCUGCACACCAAGGAGAAAAAUUGAGGCUAUUGCAAGACUGCUGUAAAAUAGCUUUUGAACAGACUUCUGGCAGUUUAAUAUUGAAAGCAUAACCUCAAAAUGGUUAAUCACUUAAAAAUGGUUUGGUUUGUUUACAAGCCUACUUUAAAUAGAACAUUAAGUACCCGUUUUUCAUGAAACACAGUAAAACGCAAAUGUAAGGGCAAAGUGUUUUACAUUUGUGCCCUUCACUUCAUAUUGUGAUUUAGAAGUUAGUUUGAGCUUGGGUGGAAUUCCCUGAGCACUCACCAAUGAAGAAAAAGGGAGUCAAAAGCUGCUCAGAAUCAGGACCAACGGACCUAGUAAGACAGCGAGAGCCCAAGCGAUUGUCUUGCUUUGAUUUUGAUGAAGAAGUAGUCUUACUAUAGCACCAUUUGUUAAUGCAGUAUUUAGAAUCAAUUGAACAGUUUUUUGUAUAUGUUAUUGCAGUGUUUUUAUUGUAUUCCUAAACGUUAAUUAUGGUUGCAAUAUUAAGCUUAUUUACGAUUUAUAAAACAGCUAGGGCAAACCAAGCCUUCUGAACGUAUCUAAAUAAAUAAAAGAAAAACAUAUCUAUAAUAUAAUUUAUGAAUCGGUAAAUAUUUUUUUAAUUAAAAAUAAAAAUAAUAAAAAGUUCUGAAAAGUGAUGUCAUAAAAAUGUUAAAAAGUUAUUAAUUACAUACUCUUUAAGAUAUGAUGUAAUAUUAUAAGUCACUGAGUUUUUUUUUUCUUUUUUGAUCAAAAUCAGGGGAAGCUGUGCUUUCCCCAGUGUUAGAGGUUUGCCCCAUCAUCAAAACAAUUGUCAAGAAGAGCAGUAAGAUGUGUUCUUAAUGUACAUUCUCAAAAACCUGGGUUACCGCCCUCAAAAUCAAGUACAGGAAGAUACAGUACAGGGAUCUAUUUUUUAAAAGAAUAUAUUUUUUACAAGAAUAAAAUGAUUUUAAUUAUAUGAAACUAGAAAGAUACUACCCAAAACAACAAAUGAACUGCUCAAACCUACAACUGAUGUGCCCCUUUGCUGUACAAUACUUUCACAAUUGUUUUAAUCCCUACAAAAAUAUACCUUUGUCCAAGAUUUAAAAUGUGGGUCACAUACUGUAUAAAAUCUGUUUUCAAAUAUAAUUGUGGCUAUUAAAAAUAUAAAGGAAUAAUUCAACAGUUUCUACUAGUUUGUUUAUACUGUGUUUAUUUGUUUUGUCUUUCCAACAUGUGACAAUGUACUCACUUCUAUGGCUAGUUUGUGUUAAAA